AUGAGCUCGGUUGACAAACCUCAGUCGACACCGAAGUCGCAAUCUAAGGAUGAAAUGAUUGGUUCUCUCGGCGAAGCCCUUGCCGGGGUAAAUCUAGGGUCUGGUGCCGUGUCAAACGGUGGCUUUUCGUUUCCCAGUCAGCCAGAAGCGGGCGAUCCGUUCCGAGCUACUGGUGGUGAUUGGGGAUCUUCUUAUGAACAUGAUACAUCCAAUCAAAACAUGAAUGCAGCAGCGACUACACCAAAAGCUGCUGAAGAAAAAAGUGGUUUGGACCUCUUUUUAGAUCAAAGUCCUUCACAUUUUCUUGGGAAUGAUGUUUUCAAACUCAGCACUGGUAUCCAAAUGAAUGAGAAUGGAAAUGAUCAGCAAAACCCCUUUCGGAAUCAGGGUGUUGGCUCUGCUCCGGGAAGAGUUCCAGCCUAUCAGGACGUCAGACGGGGGAAUGGGUCCCCUUCGGGCUCCAGUAGAUCUGGGUCUCCUUAUACAAAUGGAGACGGUUCCAGAACUAUCCAAGCCUAUCAUCAAGGCGAGGAAAAGUCUGGAUACCACCAAUCCAUCCAAUCACCCUACAAUAAUAAUAUGGGAAACAACAACGGUGGCUUUGCGAACAGCCCAUAUGAUUCCCAGCCAAAGGCAUCUCCUUCUGUUCAGCAAGGGUCGGCGAACCCUGCGCAAGGACAAGUAUUGUACAUGGCUGUUCCUACACCCGAUGGACGUGGUCAGGUUCUUCAACCUGUUCAGAUGGUCCAACUUCCUGGCAAACCAUUCUAUCAGGUGGUUCCUGGACAAGGUGGAAUGCCUCCUGUUCAAGGCGGCAUGGCUCCUGGUCAGGCUCCAAUGAUGGAUGCCCAAGGUGCUCCAAUGAUGAUGGUUCCUCAAAUGAUGGUGCCACCUGGAGGCCAGAAUGGAGAUUUGAAUUCCAUCAACAACAGCGUCAACAAUGGAAUGAACUCAGGAAACAAGGGUUACAAUGGUGCUAGUGACAAGCAAUAUGGCAGCGAUCGGGGAAACAACGACCUCAACACACUUGCCAACAGCCACCAGUACGCUCCUGCUUCCAACCAACAACCCGAUACUACGUCCUCUCUCUACUCGACUCCUCAACGUCCUUCCCUUGACUCGUUGCUCGGUCAAGUCCGACGUCUCUCUCGUGACCAAGUUGGUUGCCGUCUUGUGCAACAAGCUCUGGACGAAGAAGGUCCUAUGGCUGCCACUUUGAUCUUGAACGAAGGACUCCCCUUUUGGGGCGAGGCCAUGGUGGACCCCUUUGGAAACUACCUCUUUCAAAAGAUCCUCGAGAAGAUUACCUCGGAAGAGCGCAUCAUGCUCGUCAAGAGCGUCAGCACUCGCUUGGUGAACGCCAGUUUGAAUCUUCAUGGCACGCGGUCUGUCCAAAAGAUUGUGGAACUUUGCGCCAUUGAUGAAGAAAAGGCCACACCACCGAAGGAAGGCGAAAAGGAAGAUUCGGCAGCUGACAUUUUGACCCGAUCCUUGGCACCGGCUGCUGCUCGUCUGUGCAUUGACAGUCACGGAAACCAUGUCAUUCAGCGGAUCCUCCUCAAGCUUGGACACAACCAUGCCAAGUUUGUCUUUGAUGCUGUUGCUGAAAGUGUGGGAGACGUUGCUCGCCAUAGACACGGCUGCUGUGUCAUUCAGCGUUGCCUCGACUCCCCACCAGGUGCUUCCCGCUCUCAUCUUGUGAACCGCAUCGUGGACAAGGCCUUGGAGCUCAUGCAAGAUGCAUACGGCAACUAUGUUGUCCAAUACGUCCUGGAUGUCUGCUCGGAUGACGAUGUUCAUGCAGUUUGCGAGAGCGUUAUUGGAAAGGUCAAUCUUCUUGCCAUUCAAAAGUUCAGUUCCAAUGUGAUGGAGAAAUGCCUUGAACGCUGUACCGAUCGCGUAAAGGAACAUUACAUGGAGGAAUUGAGCGACAGCGAAAGAGUGCGCGAACUAAUGAUGGAUCCCUUUGGCAACUACGUGGUCCAAAGAGCUUUGUCAGUUGCCACCCACGCGCAAGCUGUUCGAUUGGUGGAGUCCAUGCGACCACACCUUCUCGCAACUGUCCCUGGCACUCCCAAUGGACAACGCAACGGCGGAGUUCGAAACACUGCCGGCGGAAGACGAAUCAUGGCCAAGAUUUGUCGUCGGUUCCCCAACUUUACCUUGGACCCAGCUGGGACCGGUGAUGAGAUCUACUCUCAGAACAAGGGACAUCACCGCCACCAGCACCCCCAUCAGAUGAUGGCACCAAUGUAUGGGCAACAACCACCACCACACAUGGGCCAGCAUUACCAGCAGCAUUAUGCUGCAAACCCAAUCGCUAUGAACAUGGGCGCCCACCAGUUCGACCAGCGACAACCUUACUACGAGAUCGGAACUCCCGAUCCGGGCUACUACCAACACGCUCCGCACAUGGGGCAUGGAGCUUAUCCAAGCAUCUAA